UGGAUGGAUUAUAUACCACCUUGAUGAAAUAAUCGACUCGUCCAUUACAAAAAAACAAUCAUGUCAAAGUGGCUUACUGUGCUCUGCACUGCCCUUGUGUGGUGUUGCUAUUUCUGCAGUAUCCCUGCUGCCACUUCUGUGGCAAAUAAUGAGGCAGAUAGAGUUGCAUUGCUCGCCUUCAAGGCUGCAAUUGUUGAAGACCCAUUUGGUGCCCUCUCUUCCUGGAAUCAUUCACUCUACUACUGCCACUGGAACGGCAUUUUGUGUAGUCGUCUGCAUCCUGAGAGAGUUAUUGGGCUAACUCUAAUGUCCCAAGGCCUGGUUGGAUCGCUCUCACCUCAUAUAGGAAACCUCUCCUUCCUCAAAAGUAUCAUUCUUCACAACAAUAGCUUCCACGGCCCAAUCCCACAGGAGAUGGGUCGCUUGUUUCGGCUACAAACAAUAGAAUUCAGCUACAAUUUGUUUGGCGGUGGAAUACCCAACAACCUUUCUCGGUGCUCAAGACUUGAACGGCUCAACUUCACCCACAACAACCUAACCGGAAACAUCCCAACUGAGUUGGGCUCUUUGUCAAGGCUUCGAACUUUAGCCUUGUAUACAAACAAGAUUUCAGGUACCAUCCCUCCUUCCAUUGGAAACCUCUCAUCUCUUUCCUAUCUGUUUACCGGAACAAUUCCUACUUCACUGUCAAAUGCUUCGGAUCUCAAAUCGAUAGAAUUAUGUGCAAAUGAUUUCAGCGGGACAAUGCCAAGAGAUCUUGGAAAACUUCUGGGUCUCAGAAUUAUAACUGUUCAUCAAAAUCGGUUGCAGGAUGACUUAUCUUUUAUUUCGUCUCUAACAAAUUGCACCAGUUUACAAGUUAUUGAUGCGGGUGACAAUCUUUUUAGAGGUUCAUUGCCUGACUCCAUAGCUAAUCUCUCCACAUAUCUUAACAUGAUAAAUUUGCCGUUAAAUCAAAUACAUGGAAUCAUUCCAUCUAGCAUCGGGAACCUCCUCAACCUCACUACCUUAUCUAUGGAAAUGAAUAAUCUUGCUGGCCCUAUUCCAUCCUCCAUUGGCAGACUUCAUAAGCUGUGUAUUAUGUUCUUACACCAGAACAAAUUCACAGAACUUCCAUCUUCGAUUGGUAAUUUGACUUCGUUGAUUUCUCUCAACUUGGGAGAAAACAACAUCCAUGGAAGCAUACCUCCGACUUUGGGCAAUUGUCAUAGCUUGUUGGAAUUAGACCUUUAUAAAAAUAAUUUCAAUGGUUCAAUACCCCCUGAAAUUAUGAGUCUCUCCUCCAUUUCAACAUCCCUCACAUUAGAUCACAAUGCACUAACCGGUUUUCUUCCAUCAGAAAUCGGGUCUUUGAAAAACCUUGCAAACAUGGAUGUGUCCUAUAAUAAAUUAUCGGGACCCAUACCAAACACUCUAAGCAAUUGUUUGAGUCUGGAGUGGCUUUACUUGGAGGCCAAUUCAUUUGAAGGAGAGAUACCUCAAAGUUUGAGAAUGUUGAGGGGCUUAAGAAUGUUGGAUCUUUCACAGAACAAUUUGUCAGGGAAGAUCCCAAGUUAUCUAGGUGAGCUUCGACUAGAUAUGUUGAAUUUAUCUUUUAAUAGGCUACAUGGAGAAGUUCCAAUACAAGGAGUGUUUCAAAAUGGGAGUGCAAUUUCAAUUGUUGGAAAUAAUGAGUUAUGUGGAGGUAUUGCAAAAUUAGACCUUCCUCCUUGUCCACCAUCCAAAUCAAGCAACAAGAAGCUAUCUCAUGGGAUGAAAGUGAUCCUACCAGUGGUUGGUCUUCUGAUAUUUUUAUCUUUGUUUGUUAGCUUCUUUAUAUUUCUUCAACGGCGUCAUGUUUCAAAAAAGACCUCUAGCACGCCAUCAAUCAAACAUCAAUUUUUUAGGGUUUCUUAUGCAGAGCUUCUCAAAGCCACCAAUGGAUUCUCAGAGGCUAAUCUAGUUGGUGUUGGGAGUUAUGCUUCAGUUUACAAAGGGGUUCUUGAUCACGUUCAAAUGGUUGUUGCAGUGAAAGUGUUCAAUCUUCAGACCAGAGGAGCUUCUAAGAGCUUCAUGUCAGAAUGCAAAGCACUAAGAGCCAUAAGGCACCGGAAUCUUUUGAAAAUUUUGAGCAUUUGUUCCAGUGUGGAUUUCCAUGGUAAUGAGUUCAAAGCUUUGGUAUAUGAAUUUAUGGCCAAUGGAAACUUGGGCAAUUGGUUGCAUCAAGUCAGAGUUGGAGACCAUGAGCAACUAGAGGAACCUAGAAAUCUUAAACUAAUCCAGAAGUUGGACAUUUCAACGGAUAUUGCCUCUACACUAGAGUAUCUUCAUUGUGGUUGUGAGUCGACAAUUAUUCAUGGUGAUCUAAAGCCAAGUAAUGUUCUUUUGGAUGAUGAGAUGACAGCCCAUAUUGGAGAUUUUGGGUUGGCAAAAAUUAUUUCUGCUAUUUCAAGUGAUGUGGCACAUGGUCAAAGCAAUUCAGUUGCAAUAAGGGGAACCAUAGGCUAUGUUGCUCCAGAGUAUGGCAUGGGGGACAUGGCUUCCACACUAGGGGAUGUAUACAGCUUUGGGAUUCUUUUACUAGAGAUGUUUACAGGUAAGAAACCAACUGACGAUAUGUUUAAGGAUCAUCUAAAUCUUCAUAACUUCGUUAAGAAUGCAUUGCCUGAUCGAGUGAUGGAGAUUGUGGAUCCUUGCAUCCUAUUGGAGCAUAACACAAAAAGGUGGAUUAAAGACUGCAUGGUUUUUAUUCUACGAAUUGGGGUUGCAUGUUCAAUGGAAUCGCCAAGAGAUCGGAUGGAAAUGGGGAGUGUUAUUAGUGAAUUGUGUAAGAUAAAAAAUACUUACAUGAAUGAAGGGUUGAACCAAGACUAGGAAGUUGGAAGAGGUUUUGCAACAUGAAAACCAAAGGUUACUUCCAAGGUCCUCCAUAAAUGGUUACCUCAACAAUAUGCUACUUCAACAGCCAGUAGAAUACUAGUGGUAGCUUUAUGUUAUUGUUGCCUCAGCAAACUUUAAUCCAUUGCUUGAUAAGUAACUGCCACUUUCCUCCUUUGGUAAGAUUGUAUUAUAUCAAACAUAUGUUCAUGUGGGAUGUUAUGUUUCUAGCUAAGAUUGCGUGCUUGGGAUUACCAAUAUUUGUUCCUGUUAAAUUAAAACUAUCAUUUUGUUGUAUCUUGACUUUUCCUUGAAAUUGCAUGUCCAUGUAUCAAAAAUUAUUUGUUUUGUA